ACUCACGAUGGCGCGGCCGUAGCAGGCCGCUGCCUCCGGGUACUUGCGGCCCACGAAGAGCCGGUUGCCCUGCUCCUUGAGCUCCUGUGCGCUCGGGCUCUUCUCGGGGCUGCCGCCGCCGGCGCCCAGCCGUGCGCCGCCCUCCUUCUCCUCCUUGCCCUUCAUGGCGCCGCACGGCACCGCCUGGGCUCCGCUCCCAGGCUCCGCGCCCAGUCCGCCCUGCGCCCGCAGCCCGAGCCCGCGAUCCGCUCGGGCUCGGUCCAGCGCUCCGCCACCGGAACUUCCGGUCUGCAGGUACCGAGAGGAGCUGCCUGCGGCCAUCGGGGCCCGCGCGGAGAAGCACGUGACACUAGACGAGCUGCAGCGGCUGCUGGCGUGGAAACUGGCGAGGGGCCGCUUCCGACCGCGCCUGCAGCAACUCGUGGCCGCCAACUCUCCGGAGCUGGUGGUGCAGCGUUCGGCCGCCGCCUUCCGCCUCCUGCCAGACAUGCAUGCAGCGGUCAUGGCUCUGUGCGCCCUCCGUGGCGUGGGCCCGGCCACCGCCUCGGCGGUACUGGCUGCCGGAGCUCCUGAGGUGGCAGCCUUCAUGUCUGAGGAGGCAGUGGCCGCAGUGCCUGGCCUGCCCACCCUGCAGUACACUGUCAAGCACUACCUGCUCUACCUGAGCCGGGUGCAGGAGCGUGCAACAGCCCUGAGCCAAGGUGCGGAGACCACGGGCGGCCAGGGUGGUCACGGAGAGCUCUCUCUGACCGUAGGAAGAUCGGUAUCUCCGAGCCCCAGACUGUCUCUGCCCUUCUCUAGGCAGUGCAUCUGGGCUGUGGACCCCACACCACGUGGAGACGGCCCUGUGGACCUGGGCUGUAGGGCAGAAGAUGUGCCCGGACCUGCUGCCCAACCUGGGUCCCAGCCUGGUCCCCGCUGAGAACACCAGGCCAGCCAAGAAGCGCAGGACCCAGGCUGAGUGACUUGGCUGCUUCCCAGAGCCUGCUCACCUGCCCUGUGAUCUCAGGCCCUAAGUCUCUGGACAGGAGGCUGGCUGACCAGGAAGCUGGCUG